UGAGUGACAGCUGAAGUUUGGCCCUGUAAAGACACACCGAUGACAGUAGACACAUCCUUUCAUGCAGACCUGUUAGAUGUACACACAGCUUCUCUCAGGGUAGGACCUGCACCAUGAGCUAUGACCAGAACUACCCCUUCCCUCAGGUGUUUCUUGUGGAUGGAGCUGGAGAUCCGCAGCACCCUGCCCAGCCUCCGGGCCUCAUCCCCUGCUGGUCCUUCCCUCCCGCCCAGCAGAGGGUGAGGAGCCGUGGGAAGAGCGAGGGCUGCAUGGGAAUUCGCCCCGGCUUGGCCUUGAUCGUGCUGCUGCUGUUCCUGCUGGUGUUUGCAGCCCUCGGGUUCGAAGCCUACCAGAUUUUGAAAAUACAGAAAGAACUGAGACAGGUUAAACCUGAGAUGGAGGUUGCUGCGCCUCAGAAGCAAAUUGGUUACUACGAACCCCAGCUCAGUGGAGAAGACAAGAAAGACAGACCUGCAGCGCAUGUGACAGGACGGAUUGAAAAAGGACAUGUCCCCCAGACUUUGCGAUGGGAGUCGAAGACAGGUCAGGCGUUCACCUCCACAGGAGUCGCUUACCGGAUUGAAGAUGGCGCUCUGCAGGUGAACGAGUCGGGACUCUACCACAUUUACUCUCGAGUGGAGCUGAUGAUCAAGGACUGCGUCCCCCCUUCGUUUAAACACUCUGUGUUUGUGAAGAGAUCAGGACAUUCCCCAUCUCUGAUUCUGAUGGAGGCCCACAAGGCGGGUUUCUGCUCUAAGCAGUCGGGCCACACCUGGACCACAGAGAGUUUCCUCGGCUCUGCCCUGCAGCUAAAGAAAUACGACAGGGUUUUUGUGAAUGUAUCGCACCCGACUUCUCUUAGUCAUUCACAUUAUGGCAACUUCUUUGGUCUCUACAAGAUCUGAAGAAGUUUGGGUGUCAGGUUUUGAUCCCAGUAUCAGUCUCAGGCAGGAGUGAAACUUACUCAUCACUAUACCCUGAUGAUGAACUGAAUGUGUUUUCCUAUGAUAUAUAUAAUAUAUAUGUUUUAUAUAAUAACUGCACUGGAUAGCAUUCAUGACUGUGGCUUCUGUGGGGGAAAUAUUGCACAUUGUCUACAUUGGCAGCUUAAAAAAAUCGAGAAUUGAAAGUACACAUAAGAGUAUUGAAGCAUUUUACACAUGCAUAGCCAAACAUUGAACCGUUUAUUGGUGAAGAGGAAGUCAGUUAACACUAAGGUGCUCAUUUAGCUGUAGCUUUUUUAAAAUAUUUAUUUUAGUGUUGAUCUGACAGUUUUGAUGUCUAAAAAUGUGCUUAGAAAAGAGAAACAGUGUUAUAUUGUGGUUGUUUUUAAGUAAAUGAGAUAAUCCAAGUGACUUUUCAUGUGUUGAACCGAAAAAGUGCUUUGUGAAUAAAUGAAGUGUUUCUAAUCGAAAUCUGAAA